AUGUCAACUACCACCACCACCCAUCCAGGGGACACAUCACAGGCCAUGGCUGCCAUGGUUGCCACAGACGUCCCGGCGUCUAUUUUGAAAUCACUCAUUCUGGGAGCAGAAAAUGUUGGUUGUGAGCUGGAUGGGGACACAGAGGUGCGGAUGAAGCAGCGUGAGGAGAUGCUGAGCCAGGAGAUGGCUCGGCUACUGAAAGAGGCCAUGGCUGCCAUGGUUGCCAUAGACAUCCUGGCAUCUAUUUUGAAAUCACUCAUUCUGGGAGCAGAAAAUGUUGGUUAUGAGCUGGAUGGGGACACAGAGGUGCGGAUGAAGCAGCGUGAGGAGAUGCUGAGCCAGGAGAUGGCUCGGCUACUGAAAGAGGUGGAGGAACUGGAGCAGAUGAGCCAGGAGCAGGGCAAUGUUGCCUGGAGAGCGAUGCUCUUAGCUGCCUUGCAGCAGUGGCAGUUCUGGGCCAUUGCUGCUGUCCUUUUCCUGCUCUUGGUGCAGGAGCUGCCUUACAAGGGCUGGGUGGUGAAGGAGCUGGUGGAGGAACUCAUCCAGGUCUACCAAGAGCUCUCCUCUGCCACUUAUUUCCCAGUGAUGCAGCCAGCCAUUGGGGUAGGCAGCACCUAUGAAGGUUGGAGUCAUCAUGGGGAUGAUGCUGUCUACUGCCUGCUGGUGCCACUGAAACCCGGUCGUGGCCACUCCUUCCGCUUGAAAGAGAGCAUCACGGAGGAGAGGCCGAAGAGAACUUUCCAGGUGCGAGUGCAACUAAAGUGCACCUGCGCAACAGAAGAAGCGGCAGACACCACGCUGUGCUUCCUCCACCAUCCUGACAAGAGGCAGAGGAGGCAUUGGCGGGAACACUUCCUCAGCGUGCUCUGCACUGGCUCCUACCUCGAUGUGCACAAGACAGUCGCCUGGUUCCAGGAGUUUGUGAUGUCUGUCUGGGGGGUGAGGCCUAAGAUGCGUCGCUACCAUGUGAAGAUGCUGCCCUCCCUACGCUGCUGCAUGCUGCAGCUGACAGAUGGCCUCGGGAGAACCUUCCUCAUUGAACUGAUGUUUGGGCUGCAGCAAUGUGACUCGGACAUCUACCUGUGCAGCCGCAGCAGAGAGGUAGCCACCUGUCCCACAAGCACAACGUGGUUAGCGAGCAGUGCCGUGGCAGAGGUGAAGUUCUUCCAGCAUAUCGCCAGGCAGGUGCCACGAGGCAGCUACCACCUGAAAUGCCUGCGUGCCUGCACCCAAAUCCUGGCAGGCACAGGCUUUUCUACUUCUACCAUGAAGGUGAUUGUGAUGCAUCUCCUGACCACCACACCCUUGUCAGGCUGGUGCAGGAGGGAUUUCAUGCUGCGGCUCAAGGACAUCAUGCAGUACCUGCGCUGCUGCCUGGAAAAGAAACAUCUCCACCACUUCUUCAUUGGCAAUGACAACGUGCCUGAGGAGAUAAGCCUGCCCCCAGCCUACGAAAUGGCUGAGCCACUCAAUCUCUUCCAGGGGCUGGCACAGGAUCCAGCUGCCCACACCAAGGCACUCUCUGAGUUUGAGGACAUUUAUGAUGGGCUCUGA